AUGGAGAGAAUUCAAAGUAAAGCUCUAAGCUCAAAAACAAACAAAGAACAGGGUUGGCAAGCUCAGGCGUUAGGAGAAAUGCAGGAAGCUCAACCGCCGGGAAUCCACAGCGAACAAACUGAGCAACUUAAGCCAGGUUCUGUUGGAAUUCAGAACUCAGAGAAUGGAGCUUUUAAUGUGAAUCCAGGUGGUCAGGGUAAUGGUUUUCAAACAGCAGCUGGACUAAACUAUGGGUCUACAAGUUCUCAAAAUCAGGUCAUGAUCAAUCAAGGAGGAAAUUCAGGAAACAAUGUGAGCUUUCAAAAUCCUGCAACUGGUCAUGACAGGGGAACUUGUUUUCUACUUGUUGGAUUUCCUGAUUCGUACAAAGAACUCAAGAACAAAUGGACUGCUUGUAACAACAACCGGAAUUUUGCACAUGCUGCGGAUGCUGAAACACCUCCACAACUUGAUAACGUUGGUGGAAAUGACUGGAGUUCUAUGACCAAGCAGAUCACUCAACUUCAACAGAGUUUCAACACCAUGAUUGAAAUGAAGGCUGUGCAAGAGGAUCAUCCUCAGAACCUUGUUAAUUUUGCACAUCUUCAUGAUUUUGCAGGUGUGUUGGCUAAGCUUGCGGAUCUGGAGAAGUUGGUCCGGAAUCAACCUUCAACUUCUUCUGCCUAUGCUACGUUGGAUAUUGGUGUUGAGUCCCUUAACACGGAUGUUGCUGCUUUGACCCGUAGUGUGGAUGGCAGAGUGUCAAGGGUCGAACUUGAAGAAGAAUUUGUUGUUCUUCAUACUUUGGUUGAUGGUGUGGCUUUGUUGAAGCGAGCUUUGGCCUCUUCGUCACCUUCCUCGGGUGGGAAUGAUCAGUUUCAGGAUGGGAAAUCUGAGAAGAAGAGGGGAUGCUUUAAGUAUGAUGGUCCUCACCUUGCUUGUGAUUGCCCUCACAAGGAGAAGGUGACUGUGAUCAUUGCAAGUCAAGGUAAUGAUUCUGAUUGUGAAACCCCUUUCCGUGUUAAUCCUUUGCAGUUAUUGUGUGCUAUUAGAGGGAUUAGAGCCCUCAUUGUUCAUAAUUCAUUAAUGUAUAUAAAAGGUUGUGUUAACGGCCUUGAAGUGUUGCCUAUGUUUGAUUGUGGUGGGACUCAUAGUUUCAUGACCAAGCGUGAGGCGAAUCGGUUGAAGCUGAAGAUUGAGAGCCAUAAUAGUAAGAUCAAAAGGGUUAACGUUGAGGCGGAGGCCGUUCUUGGUUGUGUGAGCUUUAAUAUUAUUAUUGAUUGCUGGACUGGUUUGUGUAAUGUCAUGGUUCAGGUAGCCAAAGGAAGAAGAAGAAAUUGCAGCCACACUGCUGCAAGGUCUCCUGUUGUUGUUGUUAAUCAGGAAGAACCAGAGCUGAAAUCUAGCUGUCAAAGGAAAGAAUUGCUUCACCAUCACUGCACGUUGCUGCUACUGCAAGUGGAAGAAGAGAAAGAUGGAGAAUAUGAAAAAGAAAGUAGCUACUACUCUGCUACUUGCCACCUGCUGCUACUGUUGACUGAAGUGAAAGAAUGGCUGCUGCUGGAGGUCAUGUCGUCGAGCAAGACCUCCGUUAGAUUGUUUGGUGACUCCAAGAUUUUUAAUGUUAAAAAUUCAGAUGACGAAAGCUCCUCGACGAGAGUGGGGAAGAAGAAAAGGAAAGUGAAGAGACUUGUCAAAGCAGUAGAUGCAGAAGUUUGGAAGAAGAACAAGCAUGACCAGCAUGUUGGGAAGGAAAGUUUGCUUGAAAAAGAAGCUACUCCUUGGGAAUCUACGCCCCUGUUGGUCGAGGAGCCCAAAGAAAAUCCUGAAGGCCUUACUCAUGGGGGCCACCUUGCUGUGGAGAUUGAUCUUGAACAGUUUACGGUGCCAAAACCUCCAUUGAAGAAGCUAAAAGACACCGUCGAGGGCACCGUAAAUUCCCCCGGGUCCUCGAGUUACACCGCUGCAGCUGCCAUAUACCACUUUGGGGAUGCCCGGAAUGAGUGCCCCAUACUCAAGGAGAACGCAAUAGCUAUGUCUAAGGAGAACACUCUAAAGCUGAUGAGUACCUCGAUGAUCAGUUUUUUGCUCUGCCAAAGGAAAUUGAAAGAGGAGCUUAACAGGGCACUGCAUGAACAGAUGAAGAAUGGACUACUGCACCUCUCGACUGAACAGCUUCCUCUGUUUAAUGCUUUGAGCAAUGCUAUCCUCCAGAUGGGUUCUCCCGAGGAAAUCACCUCCUUUCCUGGUGACGCCCCAACAAUCUUGCUCGGCGAACCUGGUGAAGAACCACGAGUGCCGGAUCUUCUUGACAAGUUCAUCAGAGUCGAGUUAGUCUCCGACGAUGAUUCCGCGGAGGAAGUUGAUGGUAGUGGCAACGAGGAGAAGGAGAAGGAGCCAGAGGUCGAGAAGGAAGAUGAACCGGAAUCGUACUUUGUUCAUCAGGUACGCUUGAUGAUCCUUGAUGAGAACCAAACCAAGAAUUUGCCCAUGUAUGCCCUGGUUUCUUCAGCAAUGAGGGAACUAGGGAAUGUUCACGACUUAUCUGGGGUGAGAUCUCUCGAGAAGAAUAUAGUGGAUGCCGUCCAAGCUUACAAUGUUCAGAUACAUUCUCGACUAGUACAAUGCUUCAGACAGAAAGAAAAAGAAUAUCAACGUCGUCUCCUUCAAAAUGACCUCGAUUACCACAAUUCUCUGUCCUUGGAGGGCAGCGUAAGUGAGGAGAUGACUCAACUAAACAAGGAGAAUGCUACCUUAAAGACUCGUCGAGGAGUCGUGGUGUCACCUUGGUUUCUCGAGAAGUUUCACAUUCUAAACCUCAUCGAGAAACAGAUUCAAGUCAGGACAGAACGCUUUAUCACUGCAAUGGAGUUGCUGAAGAAAAGGACCAAGGAAGUUGAGUUUUACUCGAAACAAUCUGCUAUCCUGCAGAAUUUGUUAGCCGAUCGCGAGAUCCCGCUUCCCAUUCUCGAUAACCUGGAUGAGGAUGAAGAAGCCAAAGAGAGGACCGCAGCCGAAGAUCACCUGCUGAGGCUUAAUGAGCAAGACUGGGAGAUUGUCGACUUGAAGGAUAAGCUGACUAGUGUAUUAACCAGCUUAGAAUGUUAG